AAUGGAGCAGGAGGUUGAGCAGGUGUUUAAUCUUUUCGAUAGUGAGCUCCGUUUGCUCACUAAUGCGGUGUUCCAGUUUGAACACCAGCUGGUGUACGCCGUGAAAGGAGAGUUUCUGGCGCAGGCUGUUUCUACUCUUUCAUGUGGCGGUGCGUUAGUAGCACAUAUUUCUGAACAGCAGACAAAGCCGGUGUUGUUAGUCCAAGCACCGAACAACGCCAUAGCGUUAGGCAUCGGCGAGCUGUACAAGAUCAUAACGAAUUUGGCACGGAGCGCCAGUGGAAUACCUCAACAGUUGUUUGACCAUUUCAAGUUGUUGUUACGAAUGGAAGCUGGGUGUCAGAUCCAAUUGUCUAAUGGACAAGUGGUGAACAUUUUUGGCUCAACCAAGGGUUUCAAGUGCUUAGAAACGCGGCAGCAAUCGAUGAUAUGGCAGAUCAACGCACUCGUCCAGUAUAUACGAAACGAUUGGGAGUUCAUGGUACCGGAGAUACUUGUGUUGUCGCUAUUAUUGUCGCUAUUAUUGAUGUCCUGGUCGUUCAAUGAUCUGUGGAAAAUUUACGAAGAGUGCAAGAUCAAGGAAGAACUGACGGAAGCCGACAAGCGAGAGUGGCUUGAGCUUCUCAACAGUGUAGAAGCAAUUUUGAUUAAAAUCUGCGACAAGCUGAAGUUCAGAUUUAAUGUCCCUCUUAACAAACUUUUUAAAGCCCUGGUCUUAGAAACUACAAAUCUUAUCAGUAAGCUCGAAAGAACGAAAGAGGAUAUCAAGGAGAGGAUCGAAAUAUUGAAGGAACAAGCGAUGGACCGCGCGAAGAAACGAAAUAUGUUUGCAGUGGCCACCGGAGUCAUCACCGGCAUCACAUACUUUUGUGUGCCCAAGCCAUUCUGGGCACUCGGAAUGAUCAGCGGUGGAGCCACUUUUGUUGGUGCAGUCGUCAUGACGAAAUCGGUGAAUGCUCUGAUGCAAGCACAAAGAAAGCAGGAAGAAGUGUUGAAUAAUCUGGAGUACUUGAAUGAGCAGCUCUCAUCCAUCGAACAUUACACAACGGACUUAGAAUACGAACCUGUCGCUCAUGGGGUCCUCUUACACCAAUUCAGAAGGUAUUUAGGAAGCAUACAACAUUUCAGACGCAGUUUAGUAGAUGACGAAUAA